CGUCCAUCCAAAGCUAACCAAACCCCCGGCUCCCCGCAAAAAGAUAAAAAAAAAAUCCCAUUCCCCAAAAAAAUCGCCAUAUAAAACCCCCACCCCAUCCUCCGCCUCCACGGCCUCCCCCAACUCCGAUUCGAAAUACUCCUCCCCCAGCUAGGGUUUUGCUGCCUCCGCCGCCGCCUCCCGCCAGCGUCGUCCCCCCAUGGCGCUGCCGAACCAGAACACCGUCGAUUACCCCAGCUUCAAGCUCGUCAUCGUCGGCGAUGGCGGGACUGGCAAAACCACUUUUGUGAAGAGGCAUCUCACUGGAGAGUUUGAGAAGAAAUAUGAGCGUAUGUGUGGAUUAUUCUUAGUUUCUCUUCUGCACCUAUACUGCUUGGCAUGCAUCAUGGCUAAGAAAUUCAACAUUUCCCCCCCCCCCCCCCCCCCCUUUGCAGCCACUAUUGGUGUUGAAGUUCACCCAUUGGAUUUCACCACUAACUGUGGAAAGAUCCGUUUCUACUGCUGGGACACUGCUGGGCAAGAGAAGUUUGGUGGCCUUAGGGAUGGAUACUAUAUCCAUGGUCAGUGUGCGAUAAUCAUGUUUGAUGUCACUUCAAGGCUGACAUACAAGAAUGUUCCUACGUGGCACAGGGACUUGUGCAGGGUGUGUGAGAACAUCCCCAUUGUCCUGUGCGGGAACAAGGUUGAUGUGAAGAACAGGCAGGUUAAGGCCAAGCAGGUGACAUUCCACAGGAAGAAGAACCUGCAGUACUAUGAAAUCUCUGCCAAGAGCAACUACAACUUUGAGAAGCCCUUCCUUUACCUUGCAAGGAAGCUUGCUGGUGAUCCCAACAUUCACUUCGUCGAAGCUGUGGCCCUUAAGCCCCCGGAAGUGACCUUCGACCUGGCCAUGCAGCAACAGCACGAGGCUGAGCUUGCGGCUGCAGCGGCACAGCCACUGCCUGAUGACGAUGACGAUCUGAUCGAGUAGAGAGAGGAUCAUGAGUCUUGUCUGUCUUAUCAAUCAAUACUUUGAGAGCCAGAGACUGUGCGAGUCGGUUUUAGGUUGAAGGCUUGAUUUGGAGUAGUCAAGCCGGAUGUUUUUCCUGUCUGCCUUGCCUUGUCUGGUGGGCUGCAAACUGUUUGUGUGACAUUGAUCUACAUCAUGUUGCUUGCCAUGGAUUUGUUGUUGGCCACCUUGAUGGUUCAUCAGUAUUAUUAUGCCUGUUGGCUCAA